AUGCACCAGGGAAGAAUUCGAACUCUGCAUUGGAGGAUUUUUCGAACAAGUUACCUCAAACAACGAAGCUCACUCAAUCUUAAAAAGAGUCGAGCUUCUCCGAGGAAUGCCGCCUGACCGUUUUCAAGCCUUAAUCCUUGCUUUACAAAUAAAAGAAUUCACAGAUCAAGAAGUAAUAGUCCAACAAAACAAUCCAGGCGAUAUAGGACCAUUUAA